AAGUACUAAAGAAAUACUAAAUGGAAACUAUUUCCAACUUAAUAUCAAGGAGGCUUGAUCUAGAAGCAGCUAAGUUUGGCUAAUUGAUGGGAAACCCUGAUGAUACACUCUGUGUGUGUGUGUGUGUGUGUGUGUGUGUGUGCAUAUGUGUGCGAGUAUGCCUGUUUGUGUUCAUAUAAUGUGGGUGGAAGAGGAGGAGCAGAAAAUGGACAGAGACACAAGAUGAAUCACGUCCGCCUCAGAGACUUGCAAUAUUAAUAGGCUUUGACUAUAGCUGGUUCUGUUUCAUUGGUUGCUUUGCGUCAGCAUAGCUGGAUUCUCACCACAAGAAGUCAUGCUUGGAAGGAAGUGUGCUGUGUUUGUACAUGGCCUGAUUGGACUGGGGCAGUAUUCAUUGCUCAGAGCCAACCACUCACAUUAUCAUUCUUCCCAAAAUGUGUGUGUCUGGCGUGAGCGCCUCUUUGACUCCUAGGAAACUUGAGCAGUUGGUGCUUGAAAGGCUCACAGAAGGCCGAAAGUGCUUAUGUUCAUCCUUUUAUUUUCUGUCUUCUCAGUAUAGAGCAUUUUCAGCAACAGUUAACUGUUUUCAACUCUGUCUUUUCUUGGGGCUAGUAGGUUCACCCUAAUGAGCUUCAAGGUUGUUGACAUUUUCAAUUAAACUCUGUUAAGUCAGCUAGACAUCACUUCUUACAAAGGCUGUCAGGAGUUGUCUCCUACCCACAUGUUACAUUGAUAAUAAUUAUAGUAAUAAUUAGUUUCGUGCAUAUAUAGCCAUCUUUUCAUUCGAAGUCCUUUUAUUCUAGAAAUCAUCCAGUGGGAAGUGUCCUCUGUUGAUUUGCUGUUGGAGUCCAUUCCCCAUAUGACCACUGGGGGGCAGAAGACUAACUCUGUGGAAAGAAUGUGUUUCAUCUCCAGUCCUUGUGAAAGGCUAGAGCCUGCUGGGUGUGGUGGCACAGACCUGAAAUUCCAGCACUCUGGGAGGAUGAGGCAAGUUUGAUUCUUCUUGGGCAAUUUAGAGACUCAGGAAAACCUUGUCUCAAAAAAAAAAGAAAGUUGAGGGAUCUACAUAUUCUGUAUGAACUUCCUAUAUUUUUUGUUUCCCCAAGAGUAUUCCAAGAAGUAUAGCUACACAAUAGCAUUGUGAAAUGGCUAAGAACAUGGGCUUUGGGUCAGAAUCCCUACAUCACCACUUGUUAGCUCUCUGGCCUCGGGGAAGUUAUUUUCCUGCUUUAAACUUUUAACAAUACUUUAACUUCAGAUCAUUAGAAAAAUGUGACUAAAUGGCCCAGACCCAAGUGGUGUAGUUCUAUAAAUUAUGUUGGAUGUUAUAGUGUAGUUGUAACUAUUCCCUAGACUCAAUGUCUUCCCAUAUGGAUCACCCAUUCUUUGUUGCAUCUGCCCUUUGAUUUCAGGAGAUGUGUGGACUGAAAAACCUUCCAGGGGGUUUUCUGAAAGUCAUUCAAUCCUCUUCCAGGUGAAGCAGUAAGCAAGUGCCAUCAGUACGCUACCACUUGGCUAGUUGCUUUGUGGUUCUCUGACCAGCAAACACAACAGCUGGCCAUUCUGCUAAAUAGAGGUGGGAACCAGGGACACUCCCAGAAUGCACUGGGGCAAUGUCAAGUGCUACAGCUACUUUCUAGGUAAAUGAAACAUCUGUAUGCAUGCAGGUGCUGGCUGUAGCUGGAAGCAGACCAGGAAAUCACCUCGGAAAGGUCUUUAAUAAAGAGGGUGAUAAGGGGGUGGGAGUGGGUUCCUUGAGACUGUCAAGAUUCUGAAUCAGAAUACUCAGAUGCCGUAAAUGCGGGACUUUCAUUAGUUUGGUAGUUGUUCCUAAGAGGCAUCCGGGCUUUGCAGACCUGAGGACAGGUGUUCACAAUGGAAGUAUGUUAGAUGACUUCUGAGGAAAGGGGUUGCCUCAUGGCCUCUUCUCCUUAGAAAAGCAGACAUGGUGACCUACGAUUACUGACUAUUCACUGACCGGUUUUUUAAAAUGGAGAUGUCUACAGGACUUUUUCCCUCCAUAAACUGUAGUGCAGAUGUCAGCUUUAUACUAAGUCAUACCAGAGAACAAAGUCUGAUUAUGUCACUGUCCUGUGUACAUAAUGAAGUCUAGAUUUUACAUUCAAAAUACUUUGUGACCCUACAGCCUCCCUAUACUUAAAAUUCAGUUUAAUUAUUGAACUAGUGGUGCUGGAGAUUUUCAGCUUUCAUGUCCUUAUUCUAAUCUCUUGUUCUGGCCAUCUUUAUGUCCAUCAUCUCUCGUAUUCUAUCAGCCUUUUUUUCCCUACUGGCCUUUUUUAAGGAAUCCUUCCUGGAUCUCUUUUCCCCAGCUUAGCUAGGAAAGUCUGUCCUGCCUUUAGGUGUUCACCUAGCUCUGUCUCCUGACACUUUUACAUUUGUACUUUGAAGUACAGAAUAGUUGUAUGUUUAUCGUCUCUCCUUGUUUAGUCCAUAAGACCAUGAAGACUGGUCUCUCAUUCCUCUUUGUGUUUUCUCAGAAGUCAACCUUGGUCCUGCACAAGAUAAGCACUCGAGACUUAAUGUCUUGCUUCUUGAUUCUUUUAUAUGUAUAAAAGGACACUUGUGCUCCAGGUCCCAAAGUCAAGCACCAAGAGGGACACAGCUUGUGUCCCUCCAGGCCCUGUUGGAAAAGUUGGACAGGAAAGCAAACAUAGCUGUAUUAGGUGAGCCUACGGUAGAGAUGCUUAAUGGAAGGUCCUCUUCAGCAAAGUGGGAAAGACUUCUGAAAGUUAGGUCUAGAAAAAUGAAGAGGCUUGGCAUGGGUUCAGAUCUUAACUCUCAAUGUCAUGGUAUCUGGAGGUGAGGCUUUGAGGAGGUUGAUUAGGUUUAGAUGAAAUCAGGAAGAUGAGGUACUUCUCAUGGAAUGAGUAUUUUUAUAAAAGGGAGAGAGACCAGAGCUCAUGUGGACUCAGCAAGCAGCAGGUAUCUGUCUGCAAGCUGGAAGCAGGGCCUUCCCCGAACCUGACUCUGGUCUUAAUAAGAACUGGGAAACACAAAUUUCGGUUGCUUAUAACCACUUGGUCUUCUCUACUUUGUCAUGACAGCUUGAGCAGACUAAGGACGUAGUGACAGAGAGGGAGAGCACAAGUGUGUUUGAGACCCAGGGAAUAGCAGGGACUAGUCCUAGAGGAGAAGGAGGAAAUAACUGUUUGCAAAACCUAAGUGCUUUUAAUACUGCAGAGCAGAGAGGGGAGGAGGGCAAAAGGCAGAACUGCACAGAUUGUCACAAGCCAGCGGCUGCAAGGCGCCAAGGUCUGUGUUAGGGACACUGAAGCCACUCUCCUUGGAGCAAAAUGGAGCCAUUUGGUUAAUUCUAAGGACAUAUUUAAAAAUCACAAUUUUAUAUUGACUACCUGGGAUCUCAUGGUAAGGAUAAGUUUCUUUUGAACCGACAAGGAUCUCAAACAAAGCAAAAACAAGAUCAAAAACAAGAUGUAAAGACGGGGGCACUUGAGGCAGAGUUAAAAUUCCUCUCUCAAAGCUACUUUUGCCUUAAAAUGUGAACACACCAGGUUCACUGUGAGAUAUUGUUCUCUUGGAUCUUUCUGGCAGCAAGGAGCCUUGAUGGGGCUCUUGAAGUGAACGGGGUUGCUUCUUGAGUAGUGCAUUGAGAAAGCACAAUGGCCAAGCGGGUGUGGGGGGCCCUGCUUCAGGCUUCCCCCAGUGGGUGCCUGAUGAAAUACAUCUUGCCGUGUCCUUGAAGUGCGGAGCUGUGCAGCCCCGUGGGGUCACCUGUUCUACCCCCUGGCCAGGCAGAUUAUUCCUCACACUCUUGUUUCUCAGCUCUUUGUCCAGUGGCUUUAUGCAUCUCAAGUGAUGGGGCUUCCACCUCCUCUCUUGGGAAGCCAGGCAGCACUCACACAGAGCCUGCUCCUCAGAAGGCUGCCCUGAUAUUCAGCCCAAGCUUUCCUUUCUGUAAUUACAUCCCAUUCCUCUCUGCUCUACCCCGGUGCAUGACCCUGAGCAAUUCUUUCCCUUCAUCGGUGUGCCUACACCCUUGCUCGGGGAGAGUAUUUGAUCCUCGGUUCUUUUUGUCAUCCCGAGCUUUGCUGGUUCCUGGCUGGUGCUGCGGGAUCCCUUAUAAGUAGCACCUGCUGCUCCUCUGUUUAAUCCUCGUGGUUUCCCAGCUUUGAUUUCUGUCCAAUUUGCCUAUUUCUUUCAGGAGUACUGAAGGGCCCAGAAUGAAUCCUGGGCUUCCUCACUGUAUUAUUUAUUCAUCUUUUCUAUGGAAGACCUUCUCAAUGAUGCUAAACCAGGUUGGGUGGAAAAUAAAAAUCUCUUUGAAAGACAGAGCUGAUGUGAACUCCCUGCGAUAGGACUCUGGGCACUUCAGAGAAAAAUGAGUUUGACUUCAGGGAAUAGUACCACCCCCGAUCCUCUGAUGUGCAGGUACCUGUGCCCAUUGUACUGCGGGGGCACAGGAAGCCUGAGUGUAAACUGAAGAGGAAUCAGAAUGGCCCCCCCAGUCAGUCUCUCUAGACCCAGCCUGUUCCCCAAGGCCAAGCCCUCCAGGACCCUUCCAGGUCCUGUGGUCUCAUCUCUCCCCGCGGCUACUUUAGUAUAACUAGAUAAAAAUAUUCUGUCCUUCCUCUGAAUUACCAUAGUACUUUUGCAUCACUUACUUUUGUGGCACUUCCUGUUCUCUGUUUUAUUCAUUUACCCUUUCGGUAAACUUGUAACUGGUACCUACUCUGUUCAUGAUAUUGGAGGGCCAAGAAAAUUAAAACCACAAGACGUAGUUCUCGGCCUGUUGGAGUUUCCAGCCCCGAGGAGGAAGCAAGCCAGUACGUGGGUGUAGACAGAGCUGGAGCAGGAGCGUGCUUGGACAGCUGCGUGUGAGACUGUGCAGUAGGUGUGGCUGGUUUAGAUGGUCCUUCCCAUCGUGGACAGGCCUCCACAUCUGUGGAUGGAAAUCACUCUCCUAUUCAUCUGGGUGUCUCUAUAAAGCCUAGCAUGUGCCUUCCUCAUUCAAGGCACCCAGCUGAUACUUCUAUGGAGCACUUGUACAUGUCCGGCAAUGUGCUAAGCCAUUUCUACAUAUCUCAUCAAGUCUUUGCAACUUUAGGAAUUAUUAUUUCUUCCAUUUAGCAAGAGGAAAAGCAGGGCUCCAGGAUAUGACGUAUUAACCUAAAAUCCCCCCAGGUGUUAGAUGGUGGAGCUGAGAUACUGAUUUACCCUGUGGUGUCAGUUCUUCUGUGCACUGUGAGAUGGAGGGGGAAACUGAGGCAGGAAGCAUGGUUCUGAAGGUGGCAAAUCUAAGGGCAUUGUCACCUUUCAAGUGCAUUUAUUGACAAAAAGCAAGGGUAGGACCUUCCAGGCCUUCUGUACUGUUAGACGCCCUGGGAACAUGCACACGUACGUGUUAUUACAUGAGUGGUGUUAUGAAGAUGAUGGAAAAUCAAGCUUCUCAUUUUUCUAAAGAAAAAUAUUUUGGGGAUCCAGUUGCAUCAUGUGACUUAGCCAGUCUCUGUACAAGGACUGUAGGAGGGCGGAGGGGUCUCUGUACCCCCGAAGAUGGCCAUCCAGUGCAAAACUAGGUGAUUGAAAGUGAAACAUGAGUCGUCUGUAUGUUUGGAAAACCUCUGGGUAUUUGGCAGAGUUUUGGUAUCGUAUUAACCAUAUUUUCUUGUUCUGGUCAUAUAUCCACCCCAAAGUAAUUGUUCGUUACAUCUAUUUAAAUGAAUCCAUGGCCACUUCUGGCGAAUUUUUCACUUUCAAGGGAUGACUUCCUGUGUCGAAUAAAUGCGUUCCAGCUGUGAACUGGUUAAUUACAGUGAUGGGAGAUGGGAUAUGUGAUCAAUUUAAGAGCUGCUAAAAGGGAGAGGACAGUCUGCCUUUUAUAAAUGCCUGUUUGGGAGAUGAAUCUCGUUUGCCUCGUGCUUACUCUUUCUGUGUAUCUGCAUGUGUCUGUGAAUGUGUGUGUGUGUGUGUAUGCGUGUGCGUGUCAGCAAGAGCCUGCAGCAGUGGGUGUGGGGUGUCUUACCAGCUGGUCUGCCCUGGGUUCGUGUCUGCUAAUCUGUGAGUGGGGCAGCGACACCUGUGCCCAUGGCUCCCGGGAGGCUCCCUGGGCAGGCGAGGUGGCUGCGCUGCAGCAGGCACAUUUGUAUCCCGUCUCUGAGAUGUGUCCUCAGUGCCUUGGUGCCCACAGGCUGUGCUCUUGGAGUUCACCUUAACUGUGCCCUUGGAGCACAGCCUCUCACCAGCUGCUGCCCAAAGACUCCCUCUGGAAAACCUCUCGCCCUUCCCUGCUCAGCCAGGGCAGGGGUGAGGGUCAGGAGCUUCCUGGACGGUGCUUGCCCACCUGAGUACCUGCACGGGGGCAGAGUGAAAGCUGGGCCCAUCCUCUUACAAAGGUUCUUCUUGAAGUUUUUCCUCAAAUGCAACCAAAAUUGCCUAAAGAAUGCAGGAAACCCACGUGACAUGCGGAGAUUCCAGGUCGUGGUGUCUACAACAGUCAACGUGGAUGGCCAUGUCCUGGCAGUCUCUGAUAACAUGUUUGUUCAUAAUAACUCAAAGCAUGGGCGGAGGGCUCGGAGGCUUGACCCCUCGGAAGGUACGCCCUCUUAUCUGGAACAUGCAGCUACUCCCUGUAUCAAAGCCAUCAGCCCGAGUGAAGGAUGGACGACAGGAGGUGCGACUGUGAUCAUCAUAGGGGACAAUUUCUUUGAUGGGUUACAGGUCAUAUUCGGUACCAUGCUGGUCUGGAGUGAGUUGAUUACUCCUCACGCCAUCCGUGUGCAGACGCCUCCUCGGCACAUCCCUGGUGUUGUGGAAGUUACUUUGUCCUACAAAUCUAAGCAGUUCUGCAAAGGAACCCCAGGCAGAUUCAUUUAUACAGCGCUCAAUGAACCUACCAUUGAUUAUGGUUUCCAGAGGUUACAGAAGGUCAUUCCCAGGCAUCCUGGAGACCCGGAGCGUUUGCCAAAGGAAGUGAUACUCAAAAGGGCUGCAGAUCUGGUGGAAGCCCUGUAUGGGAUGCCCCAUAACAACCAGGAAAUCAUCCUGAAGAGAGCAGCUGACAUUGCAGAGGCCCUCUACAGUGUCCCUCGCAACCACAACCAGCUCCCAGCCCUCGCCAACACCUCGGUCCAUGCAGGCAUGAUGGGUGUGAAUUCGUUCAGUGGACAACUGGCCGUGAACGUCUCAGAGGCAUCGCAAGCCACCAACCAGGGUUUCACCCGCAACUCAAGCAGCGUGUCACCGCAUGGGUACGUGCCGAGCUCCACCCCCCAGCAGGCCAACUAUAACUCUGUCACCACAAGCAUGAAUGGGUACGGCUCUGCUGCCAUGUCCAAUUUGGGCGGCUCCCCAACUUUCCUCAAUGGCUCAGCUGCCAACUCGCCCUACGCCAUUGUGCCAUCCAGCCCCACCAUGGCCUCGUCUACAAGCCUCCCCUCCAACUGCAGCAGCUCCUCUGGCAUCUUUUCCUUCUCACCAGCCAACAUGGUCUCGGCCGUGAAACAGAAGAGUGCAUUCGCACCUGUCGUCAGACCCCAGACCUCCCCACCUCCAACCUGCACCAGCACCAAUGGGAACAGCCUGCAAGCGAUAUCUGGCAUGAUUGUUCCUCCCAUGUGAAAGAAUUGCCUUGAAGAAUUUUAUUAAUGAAGAGGUUGGAUUCUGCUACAAGAGUAAUCUGAUACAAGUCCCAGAGUGGAACUUUUAACUCAGGCCUUUUUAAGAGGAAUCACAAUAACUGCAGAUUUUUAAACAAACAGAAAUCACCGACUUUACAAAUACUGAGAUUGGAAGGGAUCUGCAAGUGCAGGGUGUUGUUUAAAGCUGUGCCUCCCAAGUAUUGGGGGGAUAUAUUUAUUCUGUAUUCAUAAAAGCAAAUCCACUUUUUCUUUCUCUCUUUCUUUUUUUUUUUAAAGGCUUAACUCUGCAAUCAUUUGUCUUUUAUAAACCGGAAAGCUAGAACCCAAGGGACACUAUAAAUAAGACUCCAUGUUUUAAUUUAUGAUGUUUUUAAAGCUGUGUAAAGGGAGAAUGAAGUGGUGAUAUUUACAAAAAAGUGAAAAAAGAAAAAAGAAAAAAAAAAAAAAGCUUGUAUGGGACAGAAUAGGAAUGCCAGUUAGAUUUUUUAGAAAACUAAGGGUCGGCUUUUGCGCCUUAAAGCAUAUCAAAUGGUAGAUAGCUCAGACUGCAUUUUCAAUAUCUAACUUAACAUGCCAUCCCUUAGCUGUGCAAGCUUCUUUAUCUCUUUUGUAUUGUUGUCUUAAGUAACUGUGUAAAUAAAUGCAGCCUGGAACGUUAAAAAGUGAUGUAAGUCAUUACGUUUUUCCCUCCUACUCCAAAAAUCCAGUGCCUCUAGACAGAUUAUUAAAAACUGCAUAUUUAAAUCUGAUGUCAUUCUAUCUUUUACGUACGUCAUCUUCUUCUGAAGCCAAUGGCCUCUCAAGAGCGUGGUGGCACACAAGCUGUGUGAGAAUCUCGUUGAGACUUCACGGAACAGGGUCCAGGCACAAGAAUUCCAUACUGCCUCCAGUUAUCCAGCAAAAUCUUACUUAUGCUCCACCAUCCAUAAGUCCAAAGUUUACUCAUUCUAAAAUUCUAAAUGCUGACUUUAUACCAAUACUCCGAAAAUCCCACUAAGCAACCUGGCAGGUAUUUUGAUUUUCCCAUUCAAGAUAGGGUCUCUGUCAGUCGACCAACCUUUACAUCAUGUAUAACAUAAUAGACUAAAACAACAGGUUAAGUGCUUUGGAAUGAAGAGUUAAAGGAAACCGGGGGUAAGGAGAAGGCUGAAACCUCCAAACAGUUUUCUGUUCUAUGGGAAUUUUUGCUCUCAUUAACUGAGAAGUGUUCUUAAAAAUAAGAAUUAAUAGCAAAGAUACAGCAAAGCUCUUAGGAUGCAUUUGCCUGAUUUUUUUUCUUUGCUGUUGUGUUUUUGUAUGUAGUUAUAAAUAUUGUAGAUUCUUUUGUGAAUUUUUUUGCCAAAGUUGUUGUUCUAUUUAUACAUUUUAAUGUCUUAAGACGGUUUUCCAAUCUUACAAAAAGAUUUUACUGCAUAUUUUGCAAAAAAAAAGGAAAAAAAAAAGCUCACUACCUUUAGCUUGCACAUAUUUGCAAUGUUAAUUAAAAAGACUUUUUGUUUUAAUGGGAAUUUUGUAAAAUAUCCAUAUAAAUAAUGUAUUUAUCUUUGGAAUUUGUACAUUGCUUUUCCCUCUUCUUCUUCCCACCCCUGGUUUAUUUUAUUGUGUAUGUUUGCUAUGUGAAAGUGCGUAUUUGUUUGGUCACCUACAGUUGUAUUAGUUGUUUCAAUGUGAUUUUUAAACAUUUCAUUUAUAGUUACUGUAUUUUUAGUAUUGUUUUAAACCAUGCUUCGAUUUUUUUUUAUUUCCACCCAAAAGCCAUUGUCUAUUUUUGUAUUAUUUGUAAGUUAAGAAGUUUUUUCCAAUAUAUGGCAAAAAAUAGUAGCCUAUUAUUCUUGUAGUAUUUAGUUCUGUAGAUUAAAAAAAUGUAUCCUUUGCUUUGGAAGCUUACACAAAACCUAACGCUGUUUUACUCUAUUAAUAUGCAUGGAAUCUCUCCCUUUGAGUGACGCAUUUUGUGCAUUAAAUUCGGGGGAGAAACUUCAUAGAAAUCAAUGAACAUACUUUCUUUCUUAAGUCUGCUUGUAUAUUUCCUCUGUCUUUCACAUAAAUAUAAACCAGCAGAUUGGAUGCCUUAACAAUGCAAAGCAUAUUCAUUUCACUUGUACAUUGUAACUGUGCACCGGAACUGUCAGUCAUCACUAACAUUCUAAGAAAAAAGAAAAAGAAAAAAAAAAAAAAAAAAAAAAAAAAAAGAGAAAUUGAAAA